AUGGCGAUGAUAAUGGCUGCCCGGCGCAGAAGCACUUGCAACAGGUGCACACCAAUUGCAUCCGCCGCCGGUUGGUUGCUGCUGCUGGUGAUGUUGGUCCCCAUUGCCAUCGUGACGGUCAGUGCGGAAAAUCACUGCAGCGAACAUCGGUACGAACAUUCGCUCAACACAACGCAUCUACAGUUCACGAAGGAAAUCCCCGACCGGGAGUACGGUGUGCCGGAACAGUUUAAAAGUUUGCACUGCUGCGGCAAAGGCUAUCGGAGCAUCGAAUGGUUCAAGGACAAUAAACCGCAGCCCUGGAGCAGUGACGUUUCAUCGUUCAUCGUGAAUCCGGCAGCGGCCAACCAGACGAUCUUCAGUAUCCGGCUGAAGGAGAACGACAUCGGCAACUACAGCUGCAUAUUGCGAAACGAAACCCACGCAAUCAAACAUGAAAUCGAACUGCGGUUCCAGGAUCAAUUGGACAACCCGAUGCCUACCUUCCGGCCGAAGGAUCUGACGGUGAGCGUGGGCGAAAGUGUGCGGUUCUACUGUGAGGCGUUCGUCGGCAACCUCUACUUGCCGGACGCAACCAACGAGAUCGUGUGGAAUCAAAUGUUCGACGACCAUCCGCACAACGUUAGCGACAGUAUGCAGGUGAACGUGACUAGGGAGGAAGGACAAAUCAUCGGAUCCUACCUAUCGAUACCGAACAUCCAGACGCACCAUUAUGGCCGCUACCGGUGCCAGAUAGUGUCGGGCAAUUCGGCCCAAAAGCUUAACCUCAGCGUGCUGCUUUCGCCCGUCGAAGUGACGGCAAUAACGGACACGCAGCUCUCGAUGCUGGUUUACGUAAUGGCAACACUGUUGCUAGUGCUAGUCAUCCUGUUUGCCUGGAUCUGCCGGACGGUACAGCAGCGCACCAGCAGCAAAAAGGAUAACCGCUGCUCAGCCCAAUUCAUCGCGAACAGUGAGCACGAGAACGUGUAA